AUGACUUGUCAUCAGUACUCACUUUUGCAACAGGAAGAUAGAAGAAUUACUCAAGCGAUAUGGGGUACUACACAAUGUUGCAACCACUUACCACCCCAAACUAAUGGCCAAGCAGCGGUGUCCAACCGAGAGAUAAAGCGGGUUUUGGAAAAAGUGAUGAACCCACAAAGGAAAGAUUGGAGUUCUCGGUUGGGUGAUGCAUUGUGGGCGUAUAGGACAGCCUAUAAGACUCUGCUAGGGAUGAGUCCCUUUCGGAUUAUCUAUGGAAAGGCGUGUCACCUCCCGGUUGAAAUUAAACAUAAGGCCUAUUGGGCAGUUAAGCAAUGCAACAUGGACUUCACCAAGGCGGGCAUAGCAAGGAAGUUGCAAUUAGAAGAACUCAAAUGUCUUAGGAUGGAGUCCUAUGAGAAUUUAAGGAUCUAUAAGGAAAAGACUAACGCAUAUCAUGAUCACCAUAUCCACAAGAAAGAUUUCCAAGAGGGUUAUGAAGUUCUUCUAUACAAUUCAAGACUUAGAUUCAUGCCCGGAAAGCUCCGUUCAAGGUGUGAUGGUCCCUUUAAAGUGAAGGAAGUGACGCCCUAUGGAGUGGUUGAGCUUUUCCACCCUCAAAGUGGUGCAACAUUUAAAGUCAACGGCCACAGGGUAAAGAAGUAUCAUGGUUAUAAGUCACCAAAGGAAUUGGAGGUGUUCCUUCUUGAGGAUGCACCCGGAGGAGGAGAGUCUUAA